AUGGAAAUCAUAAACGGUUCAAUUGCAAACUUGACUGCGCGCGGAUUCGGGAAUUCCACAACGCCAACCGGCGCCACGCUUACUCCACAGUUCGCCGUAAAAACCGUCAUCGCUGUCACGUCCUUCAUUCUAAACUUCGGCCUCCUGAUUGUCCAUAUUAUGCGCCCGGCAUAUAUCAACCAUUUCACCGUGUACCUCCUAUUUCUCUACAUCGCCAACACCGUGUACUUAGCCGGAGCGUUCCCGUUCAUCUUCUUGAGCGAAGUCUACAAUGUUGAAUUUCCUUUCCACGGAUUAACUACCUGCUUGACCUUUUCGUAUUUUCACUGGGUGGUCAGUCUCGUGCCGGUGAUGUGCCACAUGCUGAUUGCAUUAAACCGUUUAUGGGCGCUGAAGUAUCCUCUCGGUUACCGGAACUAUCAUACCACGAAAAUGGCAUGCUUGAUCUGCGUGUUCACUGUGCUGUAUGUGCAUUUAUUUAAACUGCCAUCCCUGUUUAUUUUCAAACCGAAUGCAUAUCAAGUUCGGCUGGAAACGUCGCAGAUUUGCUCCAUACCGGUACCACAAGGAUAUUUUUAUUUCACCCGGGUGGAUAGUAUUUUAAAUCGGUUUGCCCCGCUUUUUAUAAUCGCCGGUGUCUAUGCGUAUCUGGUUAUUAAACGGUUCAGUAGAAAACUGGGAAAAGUCACGGACGCAUCGGAAAGUGUUGAGUUGGCCCAGAAACUUGAUAACCUGGACGCCGGAAAUAUGUCGCGAAUCAACGGAGCCGGGAGACAGCCGCAGACUGUUGAACGUAGCGUCGUCCGGCCGUUUCUGAUUCUGACGUUGACGACCAUUAGUGUGAUUAUCUGCUGGCUGCCGUUGGAUGUUAUCCUGUUCUAUCAGUGGUUUCUGAUCGGGAAGCCGUCGCUGACCAUUUUCACAGUGUUCCAGUACUGUCACAUGAUGUACAUGAUUCAGCUGCUGUUUGAUCCUAUCAUGUGGAUUGUCAGCUUCCGCAAGGCGAGAAAAAAUCGUCCACGUUGA